AUCCGCGCUUCUCCUCGACCGUUGUGCUGCCUGAGGCGGUUUGCUCCAUCAGCAGAGUCUUCUACCCGCCAUCCUGGGCGCCGUCGUUCCGGAUCCUGACCGUCUGCAUAUCUGCCUGGAUCUCGCACGGCCUGCCCAGGACCGCUCUGUCCAGGGCCCUUUGUUCUCUGCCGGCGACUCUGGCAUCUGCACCAAAACCUCGUCUCCAAAAGCCUGCGUCCGUCUCUGGCCCUCCCUCCUUCCGACCCCAGCCUGCCCAGCCUGCUUAGCAUCUCCCGUCCUCGCCUCAAUGGCUUCCCAGAAAAGAAAGCUCUCGAUUCCUUGCCUGCUGUCGCCGCCCAUCCAUCAUCAUGAUAGCCCCGCCUCGGACUAUCAGCCGGCCAAGCGUUCCUGUCCUCCCUCCACCUCGCCGUCUCCUUGCCCUCCAUCCGUCUCGCCAUGCCCGUAUCCUCCCUCGCUCUCGGCUUUGGCCAAUCUCUGUUCCAGCUGUCCGUCGUGCCGAGCGCUUCAGCGAGAAAUUGCCGGCCUGCUGUCGUCCCAUUCCUGCCAGCGCCGUCCUACAUAUCCGGGCUCGGAUAUGUCCGACUCGGCCCUGGCCCCGCACAUCCGCCAAAGCUCAUCCGCCAUUCAAGAGCUGCCCUGGGACAUCCUCUUGCUCAUUUUGCACUACAUCGAUCUCCCGGUCGACCAGCUCUCGUUCGCCGCUGCCCUCCACAACCAGGCCCUGCAAGCUCAUGUCUCCGACUCGGUCGAGGAGCAGAUCUCGGAUUUUCUAUACGGAUACGUUGAAUUCGACGCCCAUCGCCUCGCUCUAUUGCUACCGGCUUCAAGUCGUCCGGGGCUCUAUUUCGAAGAUGAAAAGCUGUCGCUUAGCCAGGUAUCGGCUUUGGGUGGUGCUCUGCAGCUUACGAAGUUGAAAAAGCUGAGACUCAGCGGAUGUCACAUCGGCGACUAUGGCGUUCAGCUGCUGCUCCGGCGGCUCGAUUCGGCAUCGCUGGUAAAGGAAAUGGGAAUCUGUGAUGAUGUUGUGGGCCCGAUCGGAGCUGGGGUUAUCUGCCGAGUCGUCAACGAUUGCUCCCUCAUUGAGCUUGACCUUCAUAAAAACGAACUCGGGAAUGAUGGAUGUAUCUCAAUCGCGCAGAGUCUGGCCACCAACACCACCCUCGUCAGACUCAUACUCAACGAAUGCGGCAUCAGCACUACUGGCAUGAUCACCCUCUUCAACACCCUGCAGACUAACCGCACUUUAACUCGUCUCGAGAUUUCAAAAAACCGCCUUAGUGACUAUGCCGCUGCAUCCCUGGCGAUGUGUCUAAUCUUGAAUGAUAAGAUCGAAAAAAUCGACAUAUCCAACAAUAGCAUCACUCCAAACGGCAUGAACCUGAUCGGCGACGGCCUCCGAGUGAACAAGGGCUUGAAAAGCCUGGAUGUCUCAUUUAACGAAGCCGGCGACCAUGGAGUCGUUACCAUAGCGGAAUCGCUCAUCCACAACACCACCCUGGAGUUUCUGUUGAUGUCGAAUUGUGCAGUCAAGCCGCAAGGUGCUGCCCGUUUGGCGGCGAUGCUUGCCCGCAACAUAGGGCUCCAGCAUCUCGAUCUACGAUACAAUCUAUUUGGAAACGAAGGCGGCAUUUCCCUUGUUCAGGCCCUUGAGUUCAAGAACGAGCUCGAGAUUCUCAAGAUUGGAUACUGUGGCAUUGAUGAGGCGGGAUGCUUUACUAUUGGCAAGCUGAUGGCCAAAGUCAAAAACCUGCAUCGUCUCCUCCUGUCAGGCAACCGAAUUGGCGACUAUGGUGUCCUCGGUCUCGUCGAUGGCCUCAUGGUCAACAAAACCCUAAAGUCACUGGUCCUGUGUGGCCGCCAGACCAAUGAAACCUUCAUCACCGACGAGGGGCUUGUGAUGCUGAGGAACCUGGCCCUUGCCAACCAAAGCCUUCAGGACAUUGCUCUCACACUCGCACCAAUGCCGGAACGCACGCCGCUGCAGCUCGAAAUCGCCCAGAUAUUCGAGGAGCGAAGACAGAAGCACCGACUCCAUGACCUCACCCAACAUCAGUAGGACCCGUCGGUUGAACAUGAACGACGGAUUCAGCUCUUUGCUUGGAUCGACCUCGAUCCAUGCACUGGCGGGGAGUGCCGUCGCAAAUUUACGCCCGCUUCUCGAUGCUGUGAGGACGCAAUCGAGGCGCGAGGACUGAUUUGGUUAGGGGUGGCUCACUGGCUGGGCUCGGCCUUCAUCUAGAAUCUGCACAUGAAUACACUUCACAUCUGCUGGCCUGGA